AUGGCUCCCAAAUCAAUUCUCAUCACUGGCUGCAGCAAAGGCGGUAUCGGCGAUGGGCUAGCACGUGAGUUCAAGUCCCGAGGCCUGCGAGUCUUCGCAGCGGGACGCGACUCAGCCAAGAUGGCCCACCUGCACGACCUGGGCAUCACGGUCCUCAUCCUGGACGUCACUGACUCGGAAUCGGUCGCUACAGCGGCCGAGACCGUGCGCCUGGCCACCGAUGGUCGCGGGCUGGACAUUCUCAUCAACAACGCCGGUGUCGACCAUGUGAUGCCCUUUGCCGACUGCGCCAUCGACGACAUCCGGCGCGUCUUCGACACCAACGUCAUCGGCGUCUUUGCCGUGACCCAGGCCUUCCUGCCGCAGCUCAUCGAGACCAAGGGCACGGUCGCGAACAUCGGGUCUGUCAAUGAGAUCUUCUUGCCGCCGUUCCAGGCAGCCUACAAUGCCAGCAAAGCGGCCAUCGCGGCCUUCGCCGACACCAUCAGGACCGAGCUGUUGCCUUUUGGCGUGAAGGUCAUCCACAUCAAGACCGGCGCCGUGAAGACCAACCUCUUCAGGUCUGAACACCCAGGCGACAAGAUGCCUUCGGGAAGUAUCUACUCCCCCUGCAAAGAUCAGUGUGAGAACCGUACGUUCUUAGAAGGGACUAAGUUUGCCACCCCGGAGGAGUUCGCGAAGGAGGUUGCGGACGACCUGCUGGGCAAUCCGGGUGCAGUUCUGUGGAAGGGGCCGACUGCUGGCAUAGGACGGCUGCUGAGCUACUUCGGCUGGCCUGGGAUCAUGAAUUCCGUGUAUUUGAAGAACUUUGGCCUGAACGCCCUCAUGUCGCCGAAGUCGAAGUCGGUCUAG